GUCAUCGUGUCAUACACCAACCUCAUCGACUCUCCCACCAAAUCUUUUCCUUCUUCAGAAAAACAAAACACCAAUGAUUAGUUAAAAACUCAAGCAAUGAUCUUUCUUCUUUCCUUCACAAAUUCAGUUACUUCCCAAUUUGUAUCCCUCUCCAAAUAUCCAAUUCUCAGGAAAGUACAUUACCCACAAUUCUCCACUAUGUCUACCAAUUUCUUCAAGACUCAUGCUUUUGCAGGCAACCCAAUAAAACAAAAAACCCCAAAACCAAGUGAUCCAUUUUCACCAACAUCUGCUCUUAAAACCCUUAAAACCCUUCUUUUAACACAAACCCAAGAGCCCCAUUCACCUAAUUUCAAGAUCUUGCCUUUCAGAAAAGGAAGACCUUUAGCCGGGUCAGUUAAAGAUUCAACUGACCCGAAUUGGCACUUGGGUUGGUUGAGUUUUGGUGAUUGUAAGGCUUUCUUGGAGAAAUCUGAGAUUAAUUUGAGUGAACAUUCUUUGGUUUAUUUGGGUUCUGAUGAUUCUGAAGGUGAUGGGGUUUAUGUUGUGUAUUGGGCUAUUGAUGUGACUGAGGCUGGUAGUGGAUUGGUUAAAGAAUUGGGUGGUAAGCAGUUUUGUUUUGUUGAGCUUAGGACUCUCAUGGUUGCUACUGAUUGGGAAAAUGCUUCUGCUAUGGGUCAACUUGCUAUUGCUGGUCAUGCCAGAUCAUUACUAGAAUGGCAUACGGUAUCGCGUUUUUGUGGAUUUUGUGGAGGUAAGAACAUUUUAACUGAUGCUGGGAGACGGAAACAGUGCUCUAAUGAGUUAUGCAAGAAGAAAAUCUACCCCCGAGUUGAUCCAGUUGUGAUUAUGUUAGUAAUUGACAAAGAGAAUGACCGCGUGCUAUUAAGUAGGCAGUCCAGAUUUGUGCCUCGCAUGUGGAGUUGUCUAGCUGGUUUUAUGGAGCCAGGAGAAAGUUUGGAAGAGGCUGUAAGAAGAGAAACGUGGGAGGAGACCGGUAUUGAAGUUGGACAAGUUGUUUACCAUAGUUCUCAGCCAUGGCCUGUUGGACCUAGCAGCAUGCCAUGCCAACUUAUGGUGGGAUUCUUUGCGUACGCAAAAUCGCUGGAUAUUAAUGUGGAUAAGGAGGAAUUAGAAGAUGCUAAAUGGCACAGCAGGGAAGAUGUGAAAAAGGCAAUCACAAUCGCAGAAUACAAGAAGGCACAGAGGACGGCCGCAGGUAAAGUGGACCAAAUGUGUAAGGGUGUAGAAAGAGGACAGAACUUGUCUUCCGACUUCAAUGUAGAAAGUGGGGAACUUGCUCCUAUGUUUAUCCCUGGGCCCUUUGCUAUUGCUCAUCAUCUCAUUUCCUCUUGGGUCAAUGGGGUUGAAGCACAAGUUAAACAACUCGCGAGUUCUUUCUCAAAUUUAUAGGACUUCUGUAAUUGACAUCAACAAUGUUAUUCUCAAAGCUUCUUGGGCCGCUAUCUUCAGAUACGCUGAACGAUUAAUCUUGCAGGGUGAUGAACUAUACCUUUGCUAUUGCUAGUACUGUAGAUGAGUAGUGCCGGCGAGUAUCCAAAUACGCACGUAUACGGACGUGUAUGCAUAUCAGGCGUGCAAGUAUACUUUUUAAGCAAUUGCACUUUGGCUCUUUUAUUUGUAAUUUGAAUUUUGGGUUACAGAGUUGUGGAAGAAUCCUGCUUCAUUUGUAUAAUGUUGAGUCUUCUGCUAAUUUAGGAAAACUUGUCCUCAUGAGUCGCCGUCUCACAGAGAUCUGAUCUCUGCCAUUUCUAUAGUAAGUAGUAUAUAGGUAGCAGUGAUGUUAUGGCAAUUUUGUUUAAAUUCCUUCAGAAAAGGAGACGACUGGAUUGCAGUGGUUUAGUGGAAAAACAUCAAAAGUUGCAACCAUUAAUUGAACAAUUCCUGAGGUGAAA